AAGUUUUUUUUUUUCCUGGCAACUUGAUGGAAAUACAGAGAGCUCAGUCUAAUAGCAGGCAUAGGAAGAGGAAAUCAUUGUAAAUGCAUCCUCAUCCCUGCACACACACACAAAAUUUCCUUUUAGUGGAAACAGUAUUUUCAUUUUAACACAGGUUCAGUUUGGGAAGAGAAGAGACAGGGAGUUUGACUUUUUUUUGGUUGAGGUCCUACCACCUGUAUUCUGAGACUUGAACAAGCACAGAAGGGGGAGCAAUAUUUGGUACUGUGGUGGUGGUGGAUGCUUUUCUUUUUUUUCUCCUUUUUUCUUUUUUUCUUUUCUUUUUUUCACUUGGAAUAAAAGUGUCUGGAAAGAUCUUUUUGCUGCGCUGAAACACUAAUCUCUACGGAGGGGAUCGCUGGAAAUGAAGAGAGUUCUUUACGCGUUAUUCUGCGUAUGGCUGGCUAUUAUUGACUGGACAGAUCUGGUGCGUGGAUAUUCUAUGAGCCCACCUACUCUUAACAUCACUGAAGAAGAGCUUGUUAUCAACUCGAAUGAUACAUUAACCAUCAGUUGCAGGGGACAGUUGCCCCUGCAAUGGUCUUGGCCUGGUGGCUUUAAGGAUUUAGAAACCAACGAUAAGGACUUUCCUAUUGUUCUGAACAUCAGUGGCACUCGUAGUGUGAGAGAGGAAGACUGCGAGGGCAUCCCUGGAAAACCCUAUUGCAAGUUGUUCAGACUGACUGGUUCCCAGGCCAAUGACACCGGGUCUUACUGCUGUCACUACAAGUUCGUCAAUGCAAAGAUAAAGGGCACCACAGCUGCCAAUGUCCAUGUAUUUGUAAGAGAUUGGGAGCAGCCUUUUAUAAGCCAAUUUGGAACCAUUUUGACUGCAAAAGAGAAUACAAGAGUUCCAUGCCUUGUUUCGAUUCCAGAUCUCAAUGUCACUGUACAUACGCAAAAUUCAGUCAUAAUUCCAGAUGGGAAGAGUGUUACUUGGGACAAUAAGAAAGGGAUGUUGGUUCCCAGUGAGAAGAUAAGGGACUCCCUAUUCCUAAACUGUAAAACAGUGAUUGAUAAAAAAGUAUUUGAAUCCAGUUUCUUCAUGGUUCACUUCACAGGUAACCAGUUCUAUGAUAUGCAACUUUUUCCUAAGAGCACUGUUGAACUUCUGAUCGGUGACCAACUAGUACUGAACUGUACUGUGACAGCUGAAUUUAAUACACCGGUCCAAUUUGAAUGGGAUUAUCCUGGUAAAAAUUUUGAUCGGCCUGUGCAUGAACAUUCUGACCGCCGGCCCCAGCAGGACCACACAGAGAUGUACAGCACCCUUAUUGUACCAGAUGUGAGCCAGAAGGACCUGGGAAAGUAUGUGUGUCAUGCCAAAAGUGAAACAUGGCAGUACCAGGAGAGCAGCGAGGUCAUUGUGCACGAUGCACCUUUUAUCACCAUGGAAAUGGACAACACAAUAUUUGAAGCCACGGCUGGAGAUAAGAUAACAAAGUUGUCAGUUAAAGUUUCUGCCUACCCACCACCAUUAUUCCAGUGGUAUAAAGAUGGAAAAUUGAUACCUGUUGGCAGUAUCUACAGCAAGCACCGGCAGUCUCAACAUUCACUUCAAAUCAGGGAUGUGGUUGAGAAUGACGCUGGAAUGUACAAACUGAUUCUAAGAAAUGAGCAGGCUGGCCUGGAGGAACAAAUCAGCUUACGACUCAUUGUUAAUGUUCCUCCAAGAAUCCAUGAAAAAGAAGCUUCCUCUCCAAGUAUUUAUGCCCAAGGCAGUCGUCAAACCCUUACAUGUACUGUGUUUGGGGUUCCAGCUCCAACGGUCAUUCAGUGGCAGUGGAGGCCAUGGACGCCAUGCAAGAUACAUUCCCGACGCAGCGUUGCCAGACAAAGAUCAUCUCGUAGACAUCAACGGGAUCGCAUGCCUGAGUGUAAGGACUGGAAAGAUGUGACCCAGGAGGGGGCUGUGAACAACAUUGAAAGCAUUGAGACUUGGAACGAGUUUGUUGAGGGAAGGAAUAAGACAGUUAGCAAGCUGGUGAUACAAGAUGCCGAAAUAUCCAUCAUGUACAAGUGUUCUGCUUUCAACAAAGCAGGGAGAGACGAACGGCUUAUCUAUUUUUAUGUGACAACAAUCCCUGAUGGCUUCCGUAUUGAGCCACAACCUUCAGAUGAGCCAGUAGAAGGGCAGAAUGUCAGCCUGAGCUGUCAUGCAGACAACUAUACUUAUGAGAACCUCCAGUGGUAUCGUCUAAACCUUCUGACACUCCAUGAUGCUGAGGGCAACCCACUUGUGUUAGACUGUAAAAAUGUGCAUCAAUACGCAGCCCGGAUGCAGGGUGAACUUCAGUAUCAGCCUGGUUCAAAUAAUGCUGCACUGGUGCUCAAUAUACCUAAUAUUUCCCUGGAGGAAGAAGGGGAUUAUGUAUGUGAAGUUCAGAACCGCAAGACUCGGGAGAAGCAUUGCCACAAGAAAUAUAUAUCUGUACUGGCACAGGAAGCUCCACACCUUCUGCAUGAUUUAACAGAUAAAAUGGUAAAUGUCAGCGACUCUAUGGUGAUGCACUGCCAGGCUGACGGCACUCCUAUUCCCAGCAUCCUUUGGUAUAAAAACAACAAACUAGUGGAAGAGGUUUCAGGAAUAGUUUUGGGGGAAAUGAAUCAGACACUGAGCAUUCAGAGAGUCAGAGAAGAGGAUGCUGGGAUGUAUCUUUGCAGAGCAUGCAAUGGGAAAGGCUGUGUGAACUCCUCUGCUAGUGUGUCUGUAGAAGGAUCAGAUGACAGAACCAAUGUUGAGAUUGUAAUUCUCAUCGGCACCGGGGUUAUUGCCGUUUUCUUCUGGAUUCUACUUAUCCUCAUAUUUUGCAAUAUAAAAAGGCCCAAUCACAGUGAUAUAAAGGCUGGUUAUCUCUCAAUCAUCAUGGAUCCAGGUGAAGUUCCUUUGGACGAACAGUGCGACUAUCUCCCAUAUGAUUCCAGCAAGUGGGAGUUCCCUCGAGACAGACUGAGGCUUGGGAAAGUUCUGGGCCAUGGGGCAUUUGGAAAAGUAGUGGAAGCUGCAGCAUUUGGGAUAAGUAAGAGCAGCAGCUGUGAGACUGUGGCAGUAAAAAUGUUAAAAGAGGGAGCUACAGCCAGUGAGCAUAAAGCUCUGAUGUCAGAAUUGAAGAUCCUCAUUCACAUUGGAAAUCAUUUAAAUGUUGUAAAUCUUCUUGGGGCAUGUACCAAACCUAAUGGACCCCUGAUGGUAAUUGUUGAAUUUUGUAAAUACGGAAACCUUUCUAACUAUUUGAGAACAAAGCGAGACGGAUUUAUUCCUUACCGGGAGAGGUCCCCUAGAGUGCGCAGUCAAGUUCGAUCAAUGGUUGAAGCAGUGAUAGCCAACAGAAGGAGCCAUGAUGGAAUCGGUGAGGGAGUUGUUUUCAAGAGAAUCAUGAUGACAAAUAGCCAGCGAGCUCCAGAAUUAAAAGAUUUGUGGCAGAGUCCUUUAACAAUGGAAGACCUUAUCUGCUAUAGCUUUCAAGUGGCUCGUGGUAUGGAGUUUCUGUCAUCCAGGAAGUGCAUUCACAGAGAUCUCGCUGCUAGGAAUAUUCUUCUAUCAGAAAAUAAUGUUGUAAAAAUCUGUGACUUUGGACUGGCCAGGGAUAUUUAUAAAGACCCAGAUUAUGUCAGAAAGGGCAGUGCUCGUCUUCCCCUGAAGUGGAUGGCACCAGAGAGCAUAUUUGAUAAGGUCUAUACCACACAGAGUGAUGUCUGGUCCUUUGGAGUGUUGUUAUGGGAGAUUUUUUCACUUGGAGCAUCUCCAUAUCCUGGAGUCCAAAUUAAUGAGGAGUUCUGCCAGAGACUGAAAGACGGAACCCGGAUGCGAGCGCCAGAAUAUGCUACAGCAGAAAUUUAUCGCAUUAUGCUGAGCUGUUGGCAUGGAGAUCCUAAGGAGAGGCCAACCUUCACUGAUCUGGUGGAGAUUUUGGGUGACCUUCUUCAGGAAAAUGUGCAACAGGAAGGAAAGGACUACAUCCCUCUCAAUGACUCCCAGAGCUCAGAGGAACUGGAAUUAUCUCAGGGGCCCAUCUGCCUACAGCACAAUUCUGAUGAAGAGGAAUGUGAUAUGAGACUGCACUGCCACAAUCUGGCUGUGAGAUACUAUAACUGUGUUUCGUUUCCUGGUUGCUUCACUGGGGGCAACCAAAUCCGCUGUCCUUCCCGGCUGAAAACAUUUGAAGAGUUUCCUAUGACCCAAAUGGCAUAUAAAGGACACCCGGACAGUCAAACAGACAGUGGCAUGGUGUUGGCAUCUGAAGAACUGGAGCGGAUAGAGAACAGUCACAGAACAGAUGGAGGUUUCAGCAGUAAAGGGUCUCGAAGAAAUAAGGAAGUGGCACUGGGACAUUCCUCUCCUCAUAACAGGAGUCAAUCCUCAUACCCUUCUUACACAGUCGGGCAGACAUUUUACAACAGUGAAUAUGGAGAGCUGUCAGAACAGUCGGAGGGAGAUAGCUACACCCCCCCAGGAGGAUCUGGUAGCCCUGGGCUUAUUCAUGCUUCCUUUUUCUCUGAUGAAAAAUGAGAACCUUAAAGCCCAUAAGUCCUGUGACUCUGUGCUCAAUGCUGCACACAAUAUACAGAAGGAAAAUUCAAAUGGGCUGCCUACAGCAUGCUGAGAGACAGAGAUGUUUUUGCAUAUUCUGCACAGCCACGCAACACAAAAUGGAGAGUUAAAGCGAGAAAAUUAUUGAAUUACAUAUUUUACAAUUUUUUUAAUCCAGAACUGAAGACAGAGUUUUAUAGCUUUUCACUGCCACAAUGACAGAAGAGAACUAUGUUAAAAUACAGUAGAUGGGAAAAAAUAAACAUUUCGGCUAUUUUUUUAUUAUUUUAAUUGUCCUUUACAUUAAUGUUGUUUGCCAUUCUGCAUAAAUCCAUAUUUAUAUAAGGAAACAAAAAGCAAUGUUCAUCUCAUAUGAUUCCAAAAUAUACAUUAAACAGGAAUCCCACUUUUGUAUAUAGUAACUAUAUUAUUGCAACGCGGCAGGUAAAUAUUUGCUUCCUUCUGUUUCUACGUAGACUUUAUGUCCUCAGAUGCUUUAUGAUAAACCGUCAACAUCAGCAACAAGACUAACAGUGAGAAAACACUAAAAAUGCUGUUUGCACACACGGGAGAUUUCUCCUAAUAAAAUGAAUACAUAAACAAAUAAAUGAUAAACAAAGGGGUCUUAAUUCAAGGGAUCUCUCCUACUGAUAAAAUAUAUACAGUAAGUGAGAAAUGAAUCAUGAUUUAUCUACACCCUUACAAGAGAAGAGUUGCAAAUGUAAUAAUGGCUACAGUUAUUUACACAAAUUAACUAGUUAUUAGAUUAAAAAGGUACUCUUUGAAUUUUGGCUUAAACUAUUAGUAAUCUUAAUCAUACUUACUUACCAUUGGUGUAUGAAAUUACAUGCUUACUGAAGACAAAGGCUGGUCAGAUAUCGUAUAACAAACAUUACAAGCUGCAAUUCUAACCUAAUCCCAUAAGAGCUAUCGACUAAUGUGUAUUCUAUUGUAUUCCAUGUGAACAUUAGAGGCAUCCCGGGGUCAUUUCUAAAGCAAAAAAUAAAAAUAAGCACAGUGGUUAUUUUUAAAUAUAAACACAAUUCAUUGUAUUUAGAUUGUAUGGCAUCUAUAUAUUUUUUCAAUUUAAAACAAUAGUUUUUGGUCAUUUGUUUCUAGGAAUGUUUUUUGGCAUCCCAAUUGCAUAUAUAUCAUUAGCUUGAAGACCCAUUCUUCAACUCAUUCUGGUAGAUUCACUAACCAAUCUCUCCAAGCUCUUCAGUACCUCCAGUCCCUAUGCCUUUUAUGGAUACCAUUAAGUAAAGAAUUAGAGAGUGAGCUUAAAGGGACAGUCUAGUCAAAAUUAAACAUUCGUGAUUUAGAUAGGGCUUGCAAUUUUAAACAACUUUCCAAUUCACUUUUAUCAUUAAAUUUGCUGUGUUCUCUUGGUAUUAUUAGUUGAAAGCUAAUCCUAGGUAGGCUCAUAUACUAAUGUAUAAGCCCUUGAAGGCCGCCUUAUUUCAAUGCAUUUUACAGUUUUUCACAGCUAGAAGGUGUUAGUUCAUGAGUGCCAUAUAGAUAUCACUGUGCUCACGUCCAUGGAGUUACUUAUUUGAGGGUACUGAUUGGCUAAAAUACAAGUCUGUCAAAAGAACUGAAAUAAGGAGAGGCUUAGAUAAAAGGUAAUUACAGAGGUAAAAAGUAUAUUAAUAUUACCGUGUUGGUUAUGCAAAACUGGGGAAUGGGUAAUAAAGGGAUUAUAUCUCUUUUUAAACAAUAAACAUUCUGGACUGUCCCUUUAAAAAAUUGAACUGGAGAAACUGGAGAGGGAUAGUCUACCCCAGUGAUUACUAUUUCUAUUCUAUAAAAUGUCCUCAAUAGAUUUAUCCUAGAUGGAAAGUGGGGUUCAAUCUCAUACACUAUUAACCUUCUCUUAUGGCUCCUAUUGGUUUUGGUCAUUAAAAAUAGCAUGGUGACCAAAAAUUAUUAUUAUUAUUAUUAUUAUUAUUAUCGGUUAUUUGUAGAGCGCCAACAGAUUCCGCAGAUCUCUUCUUUCUUUAUCAAUACCUAAGGAGAGGGCACAUUAUUUUUUGUCGGACUGUUGCACUUUUUUGAAACCAUAGGCAACAUCUGAGCCCACACUAGACUAUGCAAAAUUCAUCCAUAUAAUAGGGUAUGACUAUGCAAAAUGAACACUUGUUUUGUUUUCUUUUAAUAUAAUAUAUCUUUGAAUAUAAAUAUAUAUUAGUAUACAAACAUAUAUUUUUCUAUUGAUGUUUCUCCUUGAGUUGAUAUCUGUAUACUCCCUGUCUCUUGCCUAUGUUUGCAGUCCUAUUAUGAAUUCUUUUAUGUUCACUCUUCCCCACAUCCUUUCACCUAAGCUUUGUAAAAAUGUAUGUAUUAUCCCUUAAAUUAUAUAUAUAAAAAAGGUUCAAAUAAUUGGACAGUACCAGUGAGUAAUACUCGUGCAGUAUUUCAUUACAGUCUUCUUAUAUCUAAGGUUUAAGGUGCAGUUCAACUUAGCUCAAUAGAACUGAUAAUAUUUAUUUCAGAAUCAGCUUACUGACUGGAUCCUAAGUUUCAUACAACAUUUUCAACUCCUGCUUUAUUUCUAUAACAUUAAAUCUCUCACAUUAUUGAGUAAACAUUUUAUUUUAAGAUUACAUUAUUCUUUUGUAUAGCAUAGACAUUAAGGGCCAGAUUAUGAGUGGAGCGCAAAAUUGCACUUUAGCUAUAUUUGCGCUCCACUCAUAAUACUAGUGCACACAAUUGUAUGAAUACAAAUGGUACUCCUGAUGUCCAUUGUUCAAAUAAUUUCAAACAUAAAUUACAAAGUCAGAAUUACACCAGAUCAUCUAUUUAUAAUUAGAUAUAAUUGCAAUUUAAAGAAUGUGUUUUAUCAACUAUUAAUUUGCAUUCCAUUACUGAUUUCACUAAUAAGGGACAUAUUUAUCAAGCUACUUAUGGAGCUCGAUGCCCAGUGUUUCUGGCGAGUCUUCCGGCUCGCCGGAAACAGAAGUUAGGAAGCAGCGGUCUAAAGAACGCUGCUCCAUAACCUGUCUGCCUGCUCUGAGGUGGCGGACAGACAUCGACAGAAAUCAACCCGAUCAAAUACGAUCAGGUUGAUUGACACCCCCUGCUAGCAGCCGAUUGGCCGCAAAUCUGCAGGGGGCGGUAUUACACCAGCAGUUCACAAGAACUGCUGGUGAAAUGAUAAAUACUGAGAGCAUAUGCUGUCGGCAUUUAUCGAUGUGCAGCGGACAUGAUCCGCUAUAUUGGAUCAUUUCCGCUUGCACCAUCAUAAAUAGGCCCCUUUAGCUACAUUACAUGUCACCUGUUAACUGAUAUGGAGAUUUUUCUUGACAGUACCAGUUGUUAGAAUCAAAUCAAUCUCUGAGGAUAUGAAUGUGCAUAAGAAAAGGCUUUGGACUCCUGUGCAAGAAUUCUAAUGUAUUAUUUUAUAUGAUUAUGUAUCUCAAUUUUAAUGGUUUAAGGAAUUUCAAAAUAAUUUAUAUACAAAGAACUGGGUUUUGUAAAGUGCCAAAAAAAAAUUCUAGCUGAUGAAGUUAAAUGUAAAAAUAAAUGAAUAUAUUAUAAUAUAUAUAUAUAUAUACAUUCAGUAUAAGUAGCUAUUCAAUUUUUAAUUUUUAUAAAGACUUGUUAAACCCUGUAUUUAUUCCAAUGCAACAUUCAGCAGAUAGUUGGUUCGUUAAAAUAUUUUUUAAACUGAGUGAUUCACAAUAUUGUGUGUGUGUAUGUGCAUAUGUGUUUGUGUGUGUGAGUGUGUUUAUGUGUGUGCGUGUGUGUGUGUAUGUGUGUGUGAGUGUGUGUAUGUGCAUAUGUGUUUGUGUGUGUGGGUGUGUUUAUGUGUGUGCGUGAGUGAGUGCAUGCAUGUACUCUUGUGUGUUUGUAUGUGUAUAUGUGACUAGUGGGUUUAAUAUUUCAAGACCUGUGUAUCCCUUCUGCCAUUUAUUCAAUAUAUAUUGAAGCCAAUCUCAUUUUGUUUACUCUAUGUAUUUCCAAUUCAUUACUUGCAAUUAAAUUGUUGUUAUUGUAUUGCCAUAUCUAAAUGUCAGAAAUAAAAUAAAAUCGUAAGUAACUGC